AAGCAGCAGAGCCUGCUGGGCUUGGACGCUGCUGCUUCUUCUCUUUGGUGUCUCCACGAUCUCUCUCCCUCUCUCGACAUGGAUGUUGCUAUGUUAGCAUCUCUGUUCAUACAUCAUACUCUUCACAGCCGGUCCAUUUUCAGGCUUGAGUAGUUGGACGACGACAUGUGCAGCUAGCGAUGGAUGCAGAAACGCAGCCAGCAGCCGCACGCGGAGUGGCGCGGCGUUAAUGCGGCCUGCCUGCCCAGCCCAGGGGUUGGUGGCCGUUGCCCGUCGAGUCGAAUCGGCCGGGUUUGGGGCGAGAUGGAUUAAUUGCACGAGGAUUGGGGAGGCAGCAAGCAAGGAACCAUGAGCAGAUGAGCUGGACGCGCGAGAUCGAUCGAUCAAUUACUAACGACCUUUGGGAUGAACACCGAGCAGAGCACGGCUACGAGCGUGCGAUUUGCGAAUCCGAAAUGGAGAAGCCGAUCAAUUGUUGCUAUUCUCUUUUUCAUCUGCUAGUGAAUCCAAAUGGCGUCAGUGCUAGUAGUAUUGUUAUCCCAGAGGCGAGGUGGCAACACCCGGCAAAAGGAAGGAGGUGUGUCUGCAACUCCAACUGCCCCUGCGGCCAAGUGAGGAGAGGACCAGACAUGCCACGAGGCCAAGAGAAGAGAUGGCGCAGCCCCCGCCGACGGCGUACGCCGAUCGUCUCGUCUGCCUAUAUAAGUGAGAGCUCCUGGCCGACCAGCAGGCCGCCAUCCCCUUCCAUCUUCCAUUAGCCCAUCCCUUUACCAGCGAGCGGUCCAGCGCAUCAGCGCCGCGAGAGGAAAGCCUCGUCCAGGGGAUGGCUCCUCGUGGCCUCGCUCCGGCUCUGCCUGCCGUGCCGGCGCUCCUCCUCCUCCUCGUCUUCUGUCUGGCCAUGCUCGCGCCGGUGGCGCAGGCAGCGCGCAGGCACAGGAAUGAUGACGAGGCUCCUACCAGCGGCGGCGGCGGCGGCUGCAGCAGCAGCGGCACGCCGCCACCGGCGUGGGUGUUCGGCGACUCGUACGCGGACACUGGGAACCUGGGCGACCUCGGGCGGGAGCUGACGCACGCCUGGUACGACCCCUACGGCGACACCUUCCCCGGCCGCCCCACCGGCCGCUUCUCCGACGGCCGCGUCCUCACCGACUUCAUAGCUUCGGCCAUGGGCGUGCCGACGCCGGUGGCGUACAAGCUGCGCAGGGGCGCCGCCCCGGGGCUCCUGGCGCGCGGCAUGAACUUCGCCGUCGGCGGCGCCGGCGUGCUCGACACCGGCAACUUCCAGCGCAACAUCAGCGCGCAGAUCGACCUGUUCCAGGCGCAGCACCGCACUCCCUCCAACCGCAGCGGCGGCGGCUGCGACGCCGGCGGGGUAGCCGUCGUCGUCGUCUCCGGCAACGACUACUCCUACGCCGCCGACAAAGACAACAGCACCAGCGCGGCGAUCGCGUACAUCCCGACGGUGGUGCGGCAGCUCCGGGAGCAGCUGCGGCGGCUGCGCGACGAGGCCGGGAUGCGCAGGGUGGUGGUCACCAACCUGCACCCGCUGGGGUGCACGCCGCUCUUCACCCGGGCGCUCAACUACACCGGCUGCGACCCGCUCGCCAACGCCGGCGCCGCGCAGCACAACGCCGCGCUCCAGUCCGUGCUCGCCGCGCUCGACCCGGCCAACCGCACCUUCCUCCUCCUCGACCUCAACGCGCCCUUCGCCGCCCUCGUCGGCGCGUCGCCGGCGGAGGCGGCGGCGGCGGCGGAGGGGAGGUUCGCGGAGCCGAGGCGGCCGUGCUGCGAGACCUUCGGCGGCGCCGGCGGCGGGUACUGCGGCCAGCAGGACGACGACGGCAAGAGGAUGUACACGCUGUGCGACGACCCCGCCAAGCACUUCUACUGGGACGACGUGCACCCCACGCAGGCCGCGUGGGCCGCCGUCGCCGAGGCUUUCAGGCCCAAGAUCCGCGAGUUCCUCUCCUCCACCUGACCGACCUUGCUCGGAUUUCAACUACACAUUAUUUUUUCUUCUGUUGGGAUAAAAACUGCUCGAAAGAAUCGGCCAAAGCUAACAAGAUGUUCAUGCUCUGUCUACCAGAUCAUCAGUGAAAUUCUACUGUUACUGUA